GACCUGCGUCUGCGGCGGGGCAGGGAUACCGGGUCCCUGCAGGAGCUCAAGCCCCAGCGCGCCCGCGAAGAGCUGCGCGGACUCCCCGCUCCUUCCCCCGAAUCCCGGGCUCAGGAAGCGGGAAGCCGGACGAACGCAGGGAGCGCGCGGGGGAGCGCGCGGCGAGCCCGCCCAAGGCCGCCCCUCCCGCCGCCCGGGGUCGCGCGUCGCGCGGUCCCGCCGCGCGGUCUCGCCCCGCCGCGCGGUCUCGCCCCGCCCCGCAGCGCCUCGGCCGACCCGGGCUUCCGAGCGAGCAGAGAGUCCCGCGCCCCGCACCCCAUGGAGCAGCUGCUGCGCGCCGAGCUGCGCACCGCGACCCUGCGGGCCUUCGGCGGCCCCGGCGCUGGCUGCAUCAGCGAGGGCCGAGCCUACGACACGGACGCAGGCCCCGUGUUCGUCAAAGUCAACCGCAGGACGCAGGCCCGGCAGAUGUUUGAGGGGGAGGUGGCCAGCCUGGAGGCCCUCCGGAGCACGGGCCUGGUGCGGGUGCCGAGGCCCAUGAAGGUCAUCGACCUGCCGGGAGGUGGGGCCGCCUUUGUGAUGGAGCAUUUGAAGAUGAGGAGCUUGAGCAGUCAAGCAUCAAAACUUGGAGAGCAGAUGGCAGAUUUGCAUCUUUACAACCAGAAGCUCAGGGAGAAGUUGAAGGAGGAGGAGAACACAGUGGGCCGAAGAGGUGAGGGUGCUGAGCCUCAGUACGUGAACAAGUUCGGCUUCCACACAGUGACGUGCUGCGGCUUCAUCCCGCAGGUGAAUGAGUGGCAGGAUGACUGGCCGACCUUUUUCGCCCGGCACCGGCUCCAGGCGCAGCUGGACCUCAUUGAGAAGGACUAUGCUGACCGAGAGGCACGAGAACUCUGGUCCCGGCUACAGGUGAAGAUCCCGGAUCUGUUUUGUGGCCUAGAGAUUGUCCCCGCGUUGCUCCACGGGGAUCUCUGGUCGGGAAAUGUGGCUGAGGACGACGUGGGGCCCAUUAUUUACGACCCGGCUUCCUUCUAUGGCCAUUCCGAGUUUGAACUGGCAAUCGCCUUGAUGUUUGGGGGGUUCCCCAGAUCUUUCUUCACCGCCUACCACCGGAAGAUCCCCAAGGCUCCGGGCUUCGACCAGCGGCUGCUGCUCUACCAGCUGUUUAACUACCUGAACCACUGGAACCACUUCGGGCGGGAGUACAGGAGCCCUUCGCUGGGCACCAUGCGGAGGCUGCUCAAGUAGUGGCCCCUGUCCCCCCUUCCCCUGUCCCUCUGUCCCCGUCUCCGUCCCGCCGACCCCCGUCCCUGUCCCCCCGUCCCCGUCCCCCACCCCCAUCCCCCCGUCCCCCCGUCCCCGACCCCCAUCCCCAUCCCCCCGUCCCUGUCCCCCCGUCCCCCACCCCCAUCCCCCCGUCCCCCUGUCCCCGACCCCCAUCCCCCCGUCCCCAUCCCCCCGUCCCUGUCCCCCUUCCCCCGACCCCUCCCAGAUCCUGGGGACCAAUAAAGCCCGCAGCGGGCCUCGGCUGGC